AUGAUCGACGCAGAUGGAGUAGAUCUGGAAGAGUUCCUGAGACCUGAUUCACGCAUGGUUCAAGAUUUCUACCGGCGACGAAGUCUCUCGAUCAGCGAUUUGGACAACUCUUUAGGUACUUUGGAAACAUAUAUGCCUGGUACCUCAUACAGAUUGAUCGCAGCUGUCAACGGCGGCCCUGCAAUACAUCUGACCCAGAACGAGCUCAAGCACGAGCAUGACUGUGCAAACACCUUAGAAGUCGAGUCGACCCAGUCUCACCUUGGUCAUUCCGAUGCAGUUGAAUCGUCGUCCUUUCUUAGCAAAGACAUAGAACACAGCUGGAUUGAAGGAUCGCAAAUAUCUCCAACAAAUGGUCCUCAAUUAUUGGAACAUGGGACGGACCACUGGCCACGAAUUCCUGACUUUGCUUCAGUGGUUUCCAGCGUCACAUCUGGCAGCAGAAAGCUCAGUAACAGCGAAAAAAGUCGUUUCGGGUCUCGAGAAUAUAUAUUGCCAGGGAAGAUCAAGCACUGGAUUGACGCCAACCGCUGUGACGAACCUGUUGUGCUCACGGCGCCGGCGGUCAAACACGCUAAGCCUACGAUACACGACGCGACCAUUAGCAAAGAAGUCUUCGUGCAUUCUAAUACUGCAUCUAUUAGCACUGUCUCUACGCCUGACCUUGUGGUAAUUGGACUUGGUGAAAACGUACAUACAGAACCUGUGCCUGUGGCCUACCCCUCGCCCACUGUCUCGAUCAUCUGCCCCACGCCUUACAAACCUCGAGAACACUUAUACAAGGCGCAACACAGCGAGGCAAGGGACAUUUUCGGAACUUUAGAUCAUGCUACUGAAGACGAGAAGGCUAAGAUCGUGUCAGAGUUAUUCAAGAAUUCUACGUUCAGCCAGAAUUUUGACUACCAGGAGAUAUUCUGCUCCGAUGAAGACGCCACAUCUUGUGCUCAUAUGCCGGAAAUUGCUCCAGCAAGUGGACAGGUGGCUACCAUCGUGACUGAGAAUCCUGCUGAAACCCUUUCGCUCAACGACCCGCUCACUAUAGUCGACUGUCAAGCUGCACGUAUCUCCUCUCCUGCAACAACACCUUUCAUGCUCACCGACAUCCUAGACCACAACACCUCCUCCCUGUUCUCAGGAAAGCGAAAGCACAAUAGCGUCUCCAACUCACAAGAGUGCAAACGAGCUCGAAGGAUUUCUGACAAAUCAACGACCUCUUCUGAUACCAAGGAAACCAUCAGCAAUCCUUCCUGUUCACACAUCUCAUCUUCUGGCACGGUUCGUCAUUAUUCGCCCGGUCCCGCAAGCCUAGGUCAAUACCCCGGCCGCUUCUCCAUCUCCCUCCUCAAGCCAAGAGCACACCACAAACCAGCCAACUGCAAAGAGAUAUUCGGCCUCGCCAGCCAUCCCAACGGCAGAAUCAUCAACGACGCUUUCUCCGAGGACAAUCGAAUGCACGUGACCAGCUACACCGACUCAGAACUCACAAAGAACCCAGCACUUGCAAUUACUCUACAGCGUGCCGAGCGCAAGGCUCUUGAUCCAGAUGUGACUGCUGAAGCUCGGACGUCUAGACAAAGCGUGCUUCGACGUGAGACACACCGUGAAUGUGCUCUGGCUCGGUUGGAGGGUGUGCCGGUGGGAUACUAUCGUUAUUUUGCUGGACAUAUGACUGUUGAGGACUAUUUGGCGGCGAAGAUGUGUAUUUGUUGGGGGCCGUGUUAUUGCAAUAAGUUGUGUACGAGAUUUGGCGAUCUGCUUUGCCCGUGUUCGGAUGACCUUACAGUUGGGGUUGAAGAUGCUUGA